UUCACUGUAACAGACUUUUUCAUUUACUUUUAUUUUAUAAAUCAAAUUUUUUAGACGUUAUUUAAGUAAUGGCAGCCAUGUUUAAGAUUUUACAUGUUCUCCUAUUGUGCCUAAGUUUGAAUAUUUUGAUCCAUGCGCUCUCCACCAAAAGAAACAUAUAUAGGAAAGUGGUUGACAUGGUGUCGCCCGGGGAUGAAUACCUAAGUGAAAACGCUGUUCGCUCCUUUUUCUUGAUGUUGGAGAAACGUGUGCAGUGCCCUGGUGUGUCGUGUGAAAAGUGCAUCUCUGUGGAGGAUGUUAGCCAGCUAGUCCCUGACUUCCUGCAAGAUAGCAGUCUCCACAUGGAGGGAUAUUUCAAGGUGGCUUUGGGCUGGUGUUUCUACCUCAGCUCCCCCCAGGAGGCUUGCACGGCCAUAAAGAACAAGAAGUGGGCGACGGAGACUGACCAAUUUGUUCAAAGCGUUAUGGCCAAGGACAUCCAAGGGGACGGGUUCAGUGCAGAAACUGGCAGCUUGGAUCGUUUGCUCCACAAAAUUGAAAAGCACUACAGGCCAACAGAAGGGGAUCAGAACUGUCUCACUGGGACAGAUAUCACAGAGGGGAUUAAUGUGUCUCUGAGCGACAGCACCCCACACAGCGUCGACACUGUCCUGGGAGACGUGCUGUACCACGUCCUGCGCGGAGACUGCAUUGCUUCGCAGACGCUGCCAGAAGAGGAGUACUUCCUAGAUUACAUUUUCCAAGGCCUUGGCCCCGACAACAUGACGGAGCACGACCUGGAGGCCCUGAUGGGGGUUCUGAAACUGGGACGCGGGGAGUCAGACGAGGACCACGGACACGACCACCUCGGCCACCGGAGCUCCGGGCACAGCUACGGAGAGGGGCAGAGGCGGAACAGCAGCUGGGACGCGACCUGCUUCUCAGCCCAGGAGCUCAUGGAGAUCCAUCACGUGAAUGGCUCCACCAUCUCCAGGACCCAGUUCUCCCUACUCAGCCCAGCCCUGGUGCAGCAGGUCCUCAGCGGGGCGUGCCUUAACCAGCCUCACCUCGUACACCCCGAUAAGCUCAGCAAGAUGGAGAUGUAUUUGUACGCCAGCCUGGCCAACCUGGUGAUUUGCCUGAUGGCCGUGUUUGGAAUCGUGAUCCUGCUCUGCACUGCCUGCACCACCCUGUUUCAGGUCGCCAUCCAGUUCUGCAUCAGCCUGGCCGUGGGUUCUCUCACAGGGGACGCCAUCUUGCACCUCCUGCCUGUGUUCCUGGGCCUUCACUCUCACGACGACCAUGACGGCAGUGGCCACGAGCACACCUACAAGCUCCUCGUGGUGUUGGCGGGGAUCUACUACUUCUUCCUCAUGGAGACCAUCUUUUCCAUCGUGACCCACAAAGGCAGCCACGACGGUCACGGUCACGGUCACGGUCACGGUCACGGUCACAGUCACGACAGCGAGGAAAACGAUCCCCACCACUGCGACCAUGGGAAAGUCAUACAGAUGUACCAGAAUGAGAGGAUGGGCAGACAGUCCUCCUCACAAGCAGACCUGGUUGAAGACGACGAGAAAGCACGUUCAAGUUCAGAUAGUCGUACGAGAGAGCAGCGUCUGAUCCCCUACAUGAUCACAAUCGGCGAUGGAAUCCACAACUUUGCAGACGGCCUGGCCAUUGGAGCUGCCUUCUCUGUGUCCUGGAGGUCUGGGCUGGCUACUUCCCUGGCUGUUCUCUGUCAUGAACUGCCCCAUGAACUGGGCGAUUUUGCUUUCCUGCUGCAUUGUGGGAUAUCUGUCAAGAAAGCUCUGGUACUGAACUUUGGCAGCGCUUUGACGUCCUUCGUUGGACUGUACAUUGCGCUCUCUGUCUCCACCGAUCCAUCAGCCCAGGAAUGGAUUGCAGCAGUCACAGCUGGUCUGUUCUUGUAUGUGGGGCUUGCAGACAUGCUGCCGUCCAUGAUCCACUCGAACAGGGAGGGCUGGCUGACGUUCUUCCUGCAGAAUGUGGGUCUGCUGUCAGGCUGGGGCAUCCUGCUUCUGCUCGCCCUUUAUGAAGAUCGCAUCGGGGUCUGAGAGGCCUGCGGCACACUGCUCUGUUCAUACCUGUGCCUUUUUACUGCCAGUAAGCAGUAUCCUAUUGAUGCGUCUUUCCCCUUUUGGCAGAAUUAGCUUUUGUAUGUAUUAAUAUUGUUGUGUAUUUCUAGAACCGGUAACAGGCUGCUGUACAUGUGCGCAACACUAAGGGUUAAGUUCAGCAAGCAAGUCCAGUGCGUGCCAUUGGUGGUGAACUACACUUCCCAGCAGCACGCUGUAAAACCUUGCAUAACAGUUUGUUUACUGAGCUCAUCCCAGGCACUGAGAUCACAGAUGUCCUCAGAUUGUAAAUUUCUUUUUGAUGACAAUGAGGCAUGCUUAAAGCGUGAUGAAUCAUCACAAAAUGCCUUAAGCAACCUUAAAUCUAUAACAAAAUGAAAGGAACAAAAUAUUUUGGAAGGUUUUUUCUGAAAUAUGCUGAACAAAACAGACAUGUGAACGGUAUAUUAAUUUGUUGAACCUCGCUCCUUCUCCCAUUGUGUACACAAUUCUUUUAGGAUUUUUUUUACAACCAUCGGCAGUCACAGAUAACCGCACAGGCAUGUGCCUGGAAAUAAGUAUUAAGACCUUUGACAAAUUGGCUUCCAACAGCUCUGUGUAAAGUCUGAAGCGAGGUCACAAAGAUAAUCUAUGGUCUGAUAAGUUAUGCCAGUAAAUAAGAUAAUCAGAUAGUCUGCUCAACAUUAAAUGUUUAUCAGGCAUGCUCGAAAACUGAUACUCAGUUUCCUAGACAAUCACUUGAAUUUAUAGACAUUCGUGCUGAGAUUUUCUUGGAGCAGAGGAUUCUAUGUUUACAUCGGCCUGAAUCCAGGAGAAUAGUAUCUUUAGUUUACAUCCAGUUCACCGGGGAUCAGCAACUCACAGUCCUUAAGGACUGCUGGUUUUCCACCCUUCCAUUACCUGGAAGUCAGGUGUAAAGACAGUCUGGCCAAUCAGUAGCACUAAUUACCUGGGAGAAAAGAAAACCAGGGCUGGAUUUGAGGGCCAGUUGCUGAUCCCUGCUGUACACCAUCUGAUAAGUGUACCAGGACUGUACAGAGGAGAAAUGAUUAAGGUUCUUAUCAUCAACGUGGGCGGCGUGACCCAGCAGAGUUGUCACUGUGACAUAUUACAUGGUGAAUGGGAGAAACUUUAAGCACAAGCAUAAAUAAGUGCUACAUUUUAUAAAUAGACUGGAACUGGCAUUGUAUCCCAUGUUAGUACAGUAGGCUCCAGAAUUAUAGUCACCCUUGAUAAAUAUGCACAAAAAGUGCUGUAAACUAAAAACUACGAUUCAUUGGAAUCAACCAAUUGACAGUUCUUUGGCUUUUCCCAUGCUGAUGGUUGACAAAGGGAUUUUUCACACUUGUUACCUCAUUUGUUAUACUCUAGUGAAUAUAUGGUUCCUUUAGAUUGAGAUUAACUAAAUGAAAGUAAAAUUGUAUUGUCAAUUUCACUUUUUUGAUUUUAAAUACAAUAAUUGUAAUAAUUUGAUCAUUUUGGCACCUGUGGUUUUCAGAAAAAAACAGAUUAAUAAAUAAAAAACAUUGAAACAUGAGAGUAAAGGUAUUGAAAUAAAAGUUUAAAUAGUUUUUAAAUAAUAAUUUUCCCAUAUGUUUGAACAUAAAAUAUAGAGCCUUAUUCAUGUUGCUUAUGAUAUGCAGCCUUUUUUCUCCAUU